UCUUUAGAAUUGCUCCUUUAUUCGUAACAAUUCGAAAUCGAUCUUUUCAUCAAUGUUUUACGACCAGGAAACGUAUGGGGAUCAUAUAGGCAUCAGCUACUUCCAUCCUGUGAACCAAAGCUUAUGCAUCAUGCCUUCGUUAAUCAGUUGUCACGCGGAGAUUUAAGUUUUAUGUUGGCUCGAAGGACCAAUUACGAAGGACUAUCAAAAGGCAGAUCUUGUUCGCAUCCAUUAUGCAUCGUUAAACUUUAAAGACGUAAUGUUGGCAACAGGUAAAAUAGGAUUAGAUAAAUUUCAACAGGAAAGAAGAUAUGUUGACUGCGUACUUGGAUUAGAAUAUAGCGGAAUCACUAUUGAUGGUCGACGUAUUAUGGGACUUAAUCAAAACAAAUGCUUAUCAAAUCUUUGCCAAAUGGACGACAUUUUUUCUUGGACCGUACCUGAAAGUUGGGAUUUGGAAGAUGCAGCGACAGUACCAUGCGUAUAUUCCACAUGUAUUGCUGCACUUUAUAUUAACGGAGAAAUGAAAAAGGGUGAUAGAAAACUUAUCCACUCUGGUGCUGGUGGUGUUGGCCAAACUGGUGUUUACUUAGCUCUUCAUGAAGGCUGUGAAGUAUUCACUACAGUUAGUACAUCAGAAAAACAUAAAUUCAUUAAAGAAACAUUUCCCAAUAUCUACGAUAAUCAUAUUGGAAAUUCUCGAGAUACUAGCUUCGAACAAAUGAUUUUGCAAGAAACCGACGGUAGAGGUGUAGAUAUAGUUCUAAAUUCUUUAGCAGAAGAAAAACUUCUAGCAUCUCUGCGUUGUUUAGCUCAUGAAAGGAGAUUUUUAGAAAAUGGAAAGUUUGACUUAGCCGCAGAUAAUCCGUUAGACAUCGAUGUCUUUUUGAAGGAGAUCAGUUUUCAUGCUGUAAUGUUAGAUCAAAUUAUAGUUACCAAGGACGGAAUCAGAAAUGAAAUAAGUUCAAGAGUAAACAAACUCCUUAAAGAAAAUGCAAUCAAACCUAUUGUAAGAAGCAUCUUCGGCAGAGAUCAAAUAGAGAAAGCUUUUAGAUUCACGGCUGCAUGUAAACAUAUUGGAAAAGUACUAAUAAAGAUACGCGAAGAAAAUGAACAACUGAAUACACCGAUUUUGGCUGAACUUUAUUAUAGAUGUCUCCCGAACAAAAGUUAUAUAAUUUUUGGCGGCUUGGGUAGCUUUGGUUUAGAAUUAAUCGAUUGGUUGGUUCUUCGAAAUGCUAAAAAUAUUAUCAUUACUUCACGAAACGGCUUAAAGAAUGGUUAUCAACAAAUGAGAAUCAAGAGAUGGGAAUCAUACGGCGUGAAUAUUAAGAUCCUGGUCGGUCUCGAUGCGGCUAAACGAGAAGACUGCGAGCUUGUAGUAAAAUCAGCAAUAGAUCAAGGUCCCAUCGAUGGUAUAUUUAACCUCGCGGUGUCUUUGAAAGAUUGUAUUUGUUGUAACCAAACGAUGAAAACUUUUGAAGAAUGUUUCAAGGGAAAGGUCUGGGCAACGAAAUGCUUGGACGAAUUUACUAGAACGCUUUGUUCAGAUCUUCGGCAUUUCGUAGUCUUCUCUUCCGUCUCGUGCGAAAGAGGAAAUGCUGGCCAAACGAAUUAUGGUAUGGCUAAUUCCAUUAUGGAAAGAAUAUGCGAAAAAAGGGUAGAAGAAGGUUUGCCUGGAUUAGCUAUUCAAUGGGGAGCGAUUGGAGACGUCGGUCUUGUCGCGGAUAUGCAGGAUAAUGAUAAAGAACUUGUUAUUGGCAGUACUCUACAGCAAAAAAUAACAUCAUGUUUAGAAGAAAUGAAUCGAUUUUUGCUACAGGAUAAACCUAUAGUUGCUAGUAUGAUAGUCGCUGAAAAACAAUUAGAUGGCGAUCGUGAGGACAAUGUCGUAAAUGCUGUCUUAAAAAUUAUGUGUAUUAAAGACUUAAAGAGCGUCAAUCAACAAAUUUGCUUGGCUGAACUUGGAAUGGAUUCUAUGAUGGGUGUAGAAAUAAAACACACUUUAGAGCGCGAGUAUGAAAUAUAUCUCAACGCAGAAGAUAUUCGCAGCUUAAACGUUGCCAAACUUAUGGAAAUAGAUAAUAAGCGAACAGAAAUUAGUAACCGUAUUCAAAUUGCUACCGACAAAACAUUAUUUGGUACAAAGAUAUUGAUGCAAUCGUUCGGCGAAGAACUUUCCUCCGAACUAAUUAUCUCCCUUAAAACUAACCCAGAGGAAGGUCGAAGCGAGAUAUUCUUCAUUCCAGGUAUUGAAGGCUAUCGUAUCAUUUUCAAAACACAAAACAUUAGACUCGAAAAUUAAGUCGCCAGCGACUUGUUUCCAACUUGGGCCUAAUUAUGAAUUAGAAACUAUAGAAGAAAUGGCCCUUUCAUUUCUACCGAAUAUAUUAGAGAAACUUAAAGAUCGAAAAGAUUUUACCUUAGUGGGGUACUCAUUCGGAUCGCUUGUAACAAUUGAACUCACACGACAAUUAGAAGCCAAAGGAUUUAAAGGCCAGCUAAUUUUGAUAGACGGUGCUCCUCAACUAUUGAAAAAACUUGUAGAUCAACAGUUUCAAUCGUCAUCGGAGGAAGAACUACGAAACAAACUUUUUGUUUUUAUAGCGCAGACACUUACAUUUGUUAAUAGUGAACAGCUCGUACUUGAAUUAGAAAAAUCCAAAAUGUGGGAUGAGAAAGUAAAUGCAUUCGUUAAUGUAUUGGCUCCCGAACACAAGCAAUUAUAUUUGGAAUGAGAUAUAAAAAACGCUCUACUUUCAUUUUAUGUGAGAUUGCAAGCAUCCAUGAAAUAUAAUCCAGAACCAAUACCAUAUAUAAGAACUCCAAUCACAUUGUUCAAACCGAUGUUAUCGUCUGUACGACAUAUCUCGUAUGAUUAUGGAUUACAGGAAAUAACUGGCGGCAAAGUAGAAGUAUAUGUUAUUGAUGGCAAUCAUUCCACGAUAUUA